AUGAUAAAAACCGCAAAGAAGCAUAAAGCAUGCUUCGCAGCCAUCAAACUGAGCAAAGAAGUAAAAGCCAAUCUCCCCGCAUGGUACCACAUCAGUGCAGAUAAACAAUUGCACCGUCUGAACAACACAAGAUUAAGUACAUGCCUCAGAGAAACGCAUAAAGUGGAACUGGUAGCAGAUCUCGUAAUGGUACACCAACACUCACCUAUAAAUCAAUCAGCCAGCCAACAAGCCGAAUGCGAGUGUCCAAAAUGUAUAGACGCAAGGAGGAGAGGGUGCCGCAACCCAGAAGGCUGCAGGGAAGCAGCAGGCAGACUAUUAAACAAUCUAUCAGCAAAAUGGAACCCCUCGGCGGAACCAGAAGCAGAUAACCUAACACUGACGAAAAAGAGGAAGGAAAAGAAUAUGAAGGCCAUAGAAGAAGGCGGACAGGCUAUAUUCGACCCAUCCCUAACAUUACGAGGGGGAGUGGCGGAAGCAUUCCGCGUCUUCACCGACGCGCCCACCCUAAACAACCCGCCGGCAAUAAGACAAAAGGUCGGCAGAACAGUAGAGCAAGAAGCAAGCACCGUCUACGUAAUAGCGGUCUCACCGCCCCCAUCAACAAGAGACCCAAAUGAACAGCUACCCCACGAGAUGGGCUUCACCUCAUACGGAACCGGAAACCCAAGGAACAACCUAAUAAGAGCACCAAAAAGCACUCACCCAACCUCAAGAGACCGAGGAGAACUAGCUGCCGCGAUAAUAGCAGCACGGAGCACGCCAAAGGACGUGCCUCUCCACCUAGUCGGCGAG